CUGAAUGUGACAGAUGAGAGAGAAGCGGAGGAUAAAGAAAGAAAAGAGUAGAAAGGAGGGACAAAGAUUAGUUCCUGAAAGUCUGCAUGAAUGUUUGUAGACUCACCAGUGGGUCCCAGUUGCACAGCCUGAGGAACUGGCAGGAGGUGAGAGUCUUGUUUUUUCCUUUGAGGCUGUGAUGAAGACUUGUGAAAAACUGCUGCCUUGGAAAUAACUUGGAGAUUUAUCAGUGUCAGCAGCAGGUGAACAGAAAUAGUCCGUGAUACCGCAGAGUGGCUGCAUUAUUGCUUUCUAACCCCAGAUAAGGAUACUGUUCAUUAAAAUAAUGUGUGUUACUGAAAAGUAAUCUUGCCUUUGUUUCUUACCGUCAAACAGCAGUGAUAACUGGUGCUGGAACUCAGUUAGAACUUUCUGGCUUUUGUCAGGAACAGGAUAACGUGUGACUUGGGAGCAUGCAGCCUCCCUUGAAGGAGUAUUUGUACAAGGUGCUAGUGGUUGGGGACCUGGGAGUGGGAAAGACUUCUAUUAUCAAGCGAUAUGUGCAUCAGAUCUUCUCCCAGCACUACAGAGCUACCAUCGGUGUUGACUUUGCACUGAAGGUUCUUCAGUGGGACGAGAAUACCAUUGUACGGUUGCAGCUCUGGGAUAUUGCAGGGCAAGAGCGUUUUGGGAACAUGACUCGACUCUACUACAGGGAGGCUGUUGGUGCUUUUGUAGUGUUUGAUGUGACAAGGGCUUCUACAUUAGAGGCAGUUCCCAGGUGGAAAGAAGACCUAGACUCCAAGGUUACACUGCAAAAUGGAAAGCCAGUACCUGCGGUCUUGUUGGCUAAUAAGUGGGACCAAGCUAAGAAUGGACUAAGCAGUGAGCUCCCAAAGCUGGACCAGUUCUGCAAGGAAAAUGGCUUUGUGAAUUACUUUGAAACAUCAGCAAAGGUAAAACCUUCAUGUUUACCAAAAACAUAA